AUGCAUUGCUAUUGUGCCAACUACUACGGCGCUGUCAACUGCCACAACAAAGUCCCCCAGUUCGGCGAACGCUGCCGGCUGUGCACAGUCAUGAACGAGGGCAGGUCAGCCCGCGAAGAAAUCCUCAACGCCCCCCAGGUGCCGCUUUACGACAGUAACUCGUCCAGGGACGACUCGAGUCGCGAAGAGCGACGUGGUCGCGGAAGGGAUAGGAAGACCAAGGGCACCAGGCAUGUGCGACAGUACAGUGACUAG